ACGGGAUAAUUACGAGAACAGAUUUGUUUCUAGUCCAACUCUGACCAGUUAUAGGGUCAGUACGGUUUUACGUCAUACGGGCCAGUAUCGGAAAUCACUGGUUUAGUCUUAGCGAAUGGCGUUUAUGUCAAUAAUCAUUUUGAGAACGAAAUUACAUGGAAUGCAGCAUGGAGUCUCGUGAUAGAUACCCCGAAUGUAGCUCAGGAAUUACCGAGUCGAUGGACCGGCGUUAUUCUCCUCGUAUAACACUUCCCAACAGCUAUGAGAAAGUGCCGGGAUUUUUAUCCGCCAUUGUAGAUCCUUAUCCAGUUCCCGUUAUAGAUUAUCCGCAAGGAAAUAAGACUGGUUUGUGUAGCGGUAAACUGACGUUGUUUCACGAGUAUUCACCAUUUAUGAACAGUUACAAAAUAUAUCAUAUGAAAGAUACGUCACUUCCGGAAGAGGAAGUGGUGGCUCCACCUGUGAUACGUCAGCCAAAGUGUCAAGCUCAACGUUCUUUCUCUAAAUCCUUAUCGAAAGGCAAGUCACGUGGUGAAGAAGAUGCCGACAAAAUCACUUGUGACAUCAUCAAGAAACACUGGUGCUAUUAUAUAAUGUGUCUUGGAUUGUGUUUCGACUGAACUCUGCAUGUAAGUGUAUACAUUCUGACGAUAGUUAUAUGUCUACGAUGGAUUCGUCAAUGACCGCCAUUAUCAAUCCAACUUAACCUAUUGACUGUAGCCUCACCUAACUAACCACAAAUAAACAAACGUGAAUGUUAUUGAAUAAAAGUGUACAAAGA